AGGCGGGAAAGUUAAAGGCUGGAAGUGUAGAAUUGCUGGGUAUCCAGAGUGUGAAUGCUUAGUUGUGACUGACAGUGUAACACCAAAGGCUAUGCACUGAUUUCACCUCUGUCUCGUUUUUGUAGCUGAAUGAUGGCGCUUGGAGUUGAUUUAUUGGUGCUUUGCUUGGUAUCAGUCUGCUACACUGAUGUAGGACUGAGUGCUGGCAUUGGCUUUCCUGUAAAAUAUAAGUUGGCUGCUGGAUCUUCUGGCAGCAGCUCUGGGUCCAGCCAGGCACAAGUGGCAAAGAGCGCUUGUGGGUCUGACCAAGGCACGGGAUCCUUCUCCUACUUGACCAGCACUGUAGGUUCCCAGAAUGGCCAAGAAUCUUUUCAGUAUGUGGCAGUCCAGCCUCUCUCAGAUCCUGUUCCUCCUAAUGAUCCUACAGUACUUGUAGGCUCUACUAGGGUACAGGGGGUAGUGCCCCAACGAGUGCUAACCGUUGCCCAGCAGCUACCCUCCCAGCAGAGCUACUCCUUCACGCAGCAGCCAGUGCCCCAGCAAGGCCAAGCAGGUGCCCAGCAGCUACCGUCCCAGCAGACCUACUCUGGCACGCAGCAGAUAGGCUUUGCCCAGGGACUAACCGGUGCCCAGCAGGUAGGGUCUAAGCUACCCUCCCAGCAGAGCUACUCCUUCACACAGCAGCUAGUACCCCAGCAAGGCCAAACAGGUGCCCAGCAGCUACCCUCCCAGCAGGCCUACUCCGUGACGCAGCAGCUAGUGCCCCAGCAAGUCCUAACCAGUGCCCAGCAGGUAGGGUCAAAGCUACCGUCUCAGCAGACCUACUCUGUCACGCAGCAGCUAGUACCCCAGCAAGGCCAAGCAGGUGCCCAGCAGCUACCGUCCCAGCAGACCUACUCUGGCACGCAGCAGCCAGUGCCCCAGCAAGGCCAAGCAGGUGCCCAGCAGCUACCAUCCCAGCAGGCCUACUCCGUCACGCAGCAGCCAGUGCCCCAGCAAGGCCAAACAGGUGCCCAGCAGCUACCCUCCCAGCAGAGCUACUCCUUCACGCAGCAGCCAGUGCCCCAGCAAGGCCAAGCAGGUGCCCAGCAGCUACCAUCCCAGCAGACCUACUCUGGCACGCAGCAGAUAGGCUUUGCUCAGGGACUAACCGGUGUACAGCAGGUAGGGUCAAAGCUACCGUCUCAGCAGACCAACACCGUCACGCAGCAGAUAGUACCCCAGCAAGGCCAAGCAGGUGCCCAGCAGCUACCGUCCCAGCAGACCUACUCUGGCAUGCAGCAGAUAGGCUUUGCCCAGGGACUAACUGGUGCCCAGCAGGUAGGGUCUAAGCUACCAUCUCAGCAGACCUACUCUGUCACGCAGCAGCUAGCGCCCCAACAAGGCCAAGCAGGUGCCCAGCAGCUACCCUCCCAGCAGGCCUACUCCUUCACGCAGCAGCUAGUGCCCCAGCAAGGCCAAACAGGUGCCCAGCAGCUACCGUCCCAGCAGACCUACUCUGGCACGCAGCAGAUAGGCUUUGCUCAGGGACUAACCGGUGCCCAGCAGGUAGGGUCUAAGCUACCAUCUCAGCAGACCUACUCCAUUACGCAGCAGCUAGCGCCCCAGCAAGGCCAAACAGGUGCCCAGCAGCUACCAUCUCAGCAGACCUACUCCUUCACGCAGCAGCUAGUGCCCCAGCAAGUCCUAACCGGUGCCCAGCAGGCCUACUCCAUCACGCAGCAGCUAGUGCCCCAGCAAGGCCAAACAGGUGCCCAGCAGGUAGGGUCUAAGCUACCAUCUCAGCAGACCUACUCCGUCACGCAGCAGCUAGUGCCCCAGCAAGUCCUAACCGGUGCCCAGCAGGCCUACUCCUUCACGCAGCAGCUAGCGCCCCAACAAGGCCAAGCAGGUGCCCAGCAGCUACCGUCCCAGCAGACCUACUCUGGCACGCAGCAGAUAGGCUUUGCUCAGGGACUAACCAGUGCCCAGCAGGUAGGUUCUAAGCAGAACUGCUCCGGAAUGCAGCAGCUAGUGCCCCAGCAAGUCCUAUCCAGUGCCCAGCAGGUAGGGUCUAAGCUACCCUCCCAGCAGAGCUACUCCAUCCUGCAGCAGCUAGUGCCCCAGCAAGGCCAAACAGGUGCCCAGCAGGUAUGGUCUAAGCUACCAUCUCAGCAGGCCUACUCCGUCACACAGCAGCUAGCGCCCCAGCAAGGCCAAACGGGUGCCCAGCAGCUACCCUCCCAGCAGAGCUACUCCUUCACGCAGCAGCUAGCGCCCCAGCAAAGCCAAGCAAGUGCCCAGCAGCUACUGUCCCAGCAGGCCUACUCCGUCACGCAGCAGCUAGUGCACCAGCAAGGCCAAACAGGUGUCCAGCAGGUAUGGUCUAAGCUACCAUCUCAGCAGGCCUACUCCGUCACGCAGCAGCUAGCGCCCCAGCAAGGCCAAACAGGUGCCCAGCAGCUACCAUCUCAGCAGGUGUACUCCGUCACGCAGCAGCUAGCACCCCAGCAAGGCCAAGCAGGUGCCCAGCAGUUACCGUCCCAGCAGACCUACUCUGGCACGCAGCAGGUAGGCUUUGCUCAGGGACUAACCGGUGCCCAGCAGGUAGGGUCUAAGCUACCCUCCCAGCAGAGCUACUCCAUCCUGCAGCAGCUAGUGCCCCAGCAAGGCCAAACGGGUGCCCAGCAGCUACCCUCCCAGCAGAGCUACUCCUUCACGCAGCAGCUAGCGCCCCAGCAAAGCCAAGCAGGUGCCCAGCAGCUACCGUCCCAGCAGACCUACUCUGGCACGCAGCAGCUAGUGCCCCAGCAAGGCCAAACAGGUGUCCAGCAGGUAUGGUCUAAGCUACCCUCCCAGCAGGCCUACUCCUUCACGCAGCAGCUAGCGCACCAGCAAGGCCAAGCAGGUGCCCAGCAGCUACCGUCCCAGCAGACCUACUCUGGCACGCAGCAGAUAGGCUUUGCUCAGGGACUAACCGGUGCCCAGCAGGUAGGGUCUAAGCUACCAUCUCAGCAGGCCUACUCCGUCACGCAGCAGCUAGUGCCCCAGCAAGGCCAAACAGGUGUCCAGCAGGUAUGGUCUAAGCUACCCUCCCAGCAGGCCUACUCCUUCACGCAGCAGCUAGCGCCCCAGCAAGGCCAAGCAGGUGCCCAGCAGCUACCGUCCCAGCAGACCUACUCUGGCACGCAGCAGAUAGGCUUUGCUCAGGGACUAACCGGUGCCCAGCAGGUAGGGUCUAAGCUACCAUCUCAGCAGACCUACUCUGGCACGCAGCAGCUAGUGCCCCAGCAAGGCCAAACAGGUGCCCAGCAGGUAUGGUCUAAGCUACCAUCUCAGCAGGCCUACUCCGUCACGCAGCAGCUAGCACCCCAGCAAGGCCAAACAGGUGCCCAGCAGCUACCAUCUCAGCAGGCGUACUCCGUCACGCAGCAGCUAGUACCCCAGCUAGGCCAAACAGGUGCCCAGCAGCUACCAUCUCAGCAGGUGUACUCCGUCACGCAGCAGCUAGUACCCCAGAAAGGCCAAGCAGGUGCCCAGCAGCUACCGUCCCAGCAGACCUACUCUGGCACGCAGCAGAUAGGCUUUGCUCAGGGACUAACCAGUGCCCAGCAGGUAGGGUCUAAGCUACCAUCUCAGCAGACCUACUCCGUCACGCAGCAGCUAGUGCCCCAGCAAGGCCAAACAGGUGCCCAGCAGCUACCGUCCCAGCAGAGCUACUCCAUCCUGCAGCAGCUAGUGCCCCAGCACGGCCUAACCGUUGCCCAGCAGCUACCAUCCCAGCAGACCUACUCUGGCACGCAGCAGAUAGGGUUUGCUCAGGGACUAACCGGUGCCCAGCAGGUAGGUUCUAAGCAGAACUGCUCUGGAAUGCAGCAACUAGUGCCCCAGCAAGUCCUAACCGGUGCCCAGCAGGUAGGGUCUAAGCUACCCUCCCAGCAGAGCUACUCCAUCCUGCAGCAGCUAGUGCCCCAGCAAGGCCAAACGGGUGCCCAGCAGGUAUGGUCUAAGCUACCAUCUCAGCAGGUCUACUCCGUCACGCAGCAGCUAGUGCCCCAGCAAGGCCAAACAGGUGCCCAGCAGCUACCAUCUCAGCAGGUCUACUCCGUCACGCAGCAGCUAGUGCCCCAGCAAGGCCAAACAGGUGCCCAGCAGCUACCGUCCCAGCAGAGCUACUCCAUCCUGCAGCAGCUAGUGCCCCAGCAAGGCCUAACCGUUGCCCAGCAGCUACCAUCCCAGCAGACCUACUCUGGCACGCAGCAGCUAGUGCCCCAGCAAGGCCAAACAGGUGCCCAGCAGGUAUGGUCUAAGCUACCAUCUCAGCAGGUCUACUCCGUCACGCAGCAGCUAGUGCCCCAGCAAGGCCAAACAGGUGCCCAGCAGCUACCAUCUCAGCAGAGCUACUCCGUCACGCAGCAGCUAGUGCCCCAGCAAGGCCAAACAGGUGCCCAGCAGGUAGGGUCUAAGCUACCCUCCCAGCAGAGCUACUCCGGAAUGCAGCCGCUAGUGCCCCAGCAAGGCCAAACAGGUGCCCAGCAGGUAUGGUCUAAGCUACCAUCUCAGCAGGCCUACUCCGUCACGCAGCAGCUAGCGCCCCAGCAAGGCCAAACAGGUGCCCAGCAGCUACCAUCUCAGCAGGCGUACUCCGUCACGCAGCAGCUAGUACCCCAGCUAGGCCAAACAGGUGCCCAGCAGCUACCAUCUCAGCAGGUGUACUCCGUCACGCAGCAGCUAGUACCCCAGAAAGGCCAAGCAGGUGCCCAGCAGCUACCGUCCCAGCAGACCUACUCUGGCACGCAGCAGAUAGGCUUUGCUCAGGGACUAACCAGUGCCCAGCAGGUAGGGUCUAAGCUACCAUCUCAGCAGACCUACUCCGUCACGCAGCAGCUAGUGCCCCAGCAAGGCCAAACAGGUGUCCAGCAGGUAUGGUCUAAGCUACCAUCUCAGCAGGCCUACUCCGUCACGCAGCAGCUAGCACCCCAGCAAGGCCAAACAGGUGCCCAGCAGCUACCAUCUCAGCAGGUGUACUCCGUCACGCAGCAGCUAGCACCCCAGCAAGGCCAAGCAGGUGCCCAGCAGUUACCGUCCCAGCAGACCUACUCUGGCACGCAGCAGGUAGGCUUUGCUCAGGGAUUAACCGGUGCCCAGCAGGUAGGGUCUAAGCUACCAUCUCAGCAGACCUACUCCGUCACGCAGCAGCUAGUACCCCAGCAAGGCCAAGCAGUUGCCCAGCAGCUACCGUCCCAGCAGACCUACUCUGGCACGCAGCAGAUAGGCUUUGCUCAGGGACUAACGAGUGCCCAGCAGGUAGGGUCUAAGCUACCAUCUCAGCAGACCUACUCCGUCAUGCAGCAGCUAGUGCCCCAGCAAGGCCAAACAGGUGCCCAGCAGCUACCAUCUCAGCAGGUGUACUCCGUCACGCAGCAGCUAGUACCCCAGCUAGGCCAAACAGGUGCCCAGCAGCUACCAUCUCAGCAGGUGUACUCCGUCACGCAGCAGCUAGUACCCCAGAAAGGCCAAGCAGGUGCCCAGCAGCUACCAUCUCAGCAGACCUACUCUGUCACGCAGCAGCUAGUACCCCAACAAGGCCAAGCAGGUGCCCAGCAGCUACCGUCCCAGCAGACCUACUCUGGCACGCAGCAGCUAGUGCCCCAGCAAGGCCAAGCAGGUGCCCAGCAGCUACCAUCCCAGCAGACCUACUCUGGCACGCAGCAGAUAGGCUUUGCUCAGGGACUAACCGGUGUACAGCAGGUAGGGUCAAAGCUACCAUCUCAGCAGGCCUACUCCGUCACGCAGCAGCUAGUACCCCAGCAAGGCCAAACAGGUGCCCAGCAGCUACCCUCCCAGCAGAGCUACUCCUUCACGCAGCAGCCAGUGCCCCAGCAAGGCCAAGCAGGUGCCCAGCAGCUACCAUCCCAGCAGACCUACUCUGGCACGCAGCAGAUAGGCUUUGCUCAGGGACUAACCGGUGUACAGCAGGUAGGGUCAAAGCUACCGUCUCAGCAGACCAACACCGUCACGCAGCAGCUAGUACCCCAGCAAGGCCAAGCAGGUGCCCAGCAGCUACCGUCCCAGCAGACCUACUCUGGCAUGCAGCAGAUAGGCUUUGCCCAGGGACUAACCGGUGCCCAGCAGGUAGGGUCUAAGCUACCAUCUCAGCAGACCUACUCUGUCACGCAGCAGCUAGCGCCCCAACAAGGCCAAGCAGGUGCCCAGCAGCUACCCUCCCAGCAGGCUUACUCCUUCACGCAGCAGCUAGUGCCCCAGCAAGGCCAAACCGGUGCCCAGCAGCUACCCUCCCAGCAGACCAACCCUGGCACGCAGCAGAUAGGCUUUGCUCAGGGACUAACCGGUGCCCAGCAGGCCUACUCCUUCACGCAGCAGCUAGCGCCCCAACAAGGCCAAGCAGGUGCCCAGCAGCUACCAUCCCAGCAGACCUACUCUGGCACGCAGCAGAUAGGCUUUGCUCAGGGACUAACCAGUUCCCAGCCGGUAGGUUCUAAGCAGAACUGCUCCGGAAUGCAGCAGCUAGUGCCCCAGCAAGUCCUAACCAGUGCCCAGCAGGUAGGGUCUAAGCUACCCUCCCAGCAGAGCUACUCCAUCCUGCAGCAGCUAGUGCCCCAGCAAGGCCAAACAGGUGCCCAGCAGGUAUGGUCUAAGCUACCAUCUCAGCAGGCCUACUCCGUCACACAGCAGCUAGCGCCCCAGCAAGGCCAAGCAGGUGCCCAGCAGCUACCGUCCCAGCAGACCUACUCUGGCACGCAGCAGCUAGCGCCCCAGCAAGGCCAAACAGGUGUCCAGCAGGUAUGGUCUAAGCUACCAUCUCAGCAGGCCUACUCCGUCACGCAGCAGCUAGUGCCCCAGCAAGGCCAAACAGGUGUCCAGCAGGUAUGGUCUAAGCUACCAUCUCAGCAGGCCUACUCCGUCACGCAGCAGCUAGCACCCCAGCAAGGCCAAACGGGUGCCCAGCAGCUACCAUCUCAGCAGGUGUACUCCGUCACGCAGCAGCUAGCACCCCAGCAAGGCCAAGCAGGUGCCCAGCAGUUACCGUCCCAGCAGACCUACUCUGGCACGCAGCAGAUAGGCUUUGCUCAGGGACUAACCGGUGCCCAGCAGCUACCAUCUCAGCAGACCUACUCCGUCAUGCAGCAGCUAGUGCCCCAGCAAGGCCAAACAGGUGCCCAGCAGCUACCAUCUCAGCAGGUGUACUCCGUCACGCAGCAGCUAGUACCCCAGCUAGGCCAAACAGGUGCCCAGCAGCUACCAUCUCAGCAGGUGUACUCCGUCACGCAGCAGCUAGUACCCCAGAAAGGCCAAGCAGGUGCCCAGCAGCUACCAUCUCAGCAGACCUACUCUGUCACGCAGCAGCUAGUACCCCAACAAGGCCAAGCAGGUGCCCAGCAGCUACCGUCCCAGCAGACCUACUCUGGCACGCAGCAGCUAGUGCCCCAGCAAGGCCAAGCAGGUGCCCAGCAGCUACCAUCCCAGCAGACCUACUCUGGCACGCAGCAGAUAGGCUUUGCUCAGGGACUAACCGGUGUACAGCACGUAUGGUCUAAGCUACCAUCUCAGCAGGCCUACUCCGUCACGCAGCAGCUAGUACCCCAGCAAGGCCAAACAGGUGCCCAGCAGCUACCCUCCCAGCAGAGCUACUCCUUCACGCAGCAGCCAGUGCCCCAGCAAGGCCAAGCAGGUGCCCAGCAGCUACCAUCCCAGCAGACCUACUCUGGCACGCAGCAGAUAGGCUUUGCUCAGGGACUAACCAGUUCCCAGCCGGUAGGUUCUAAGCAGAACUGCUCCGGAAUGCAGCAGCUAGUGCCCCAGCAAGUCCUAACCAGUGCCCAGCAGGUAGGGUCUAAGCUACCCUCCCAGCAGAGCUACUCCAUCCUGCAGCAGCUAGUGCCCCAGCAAGGCCAAACAGGUGCCCAGCAGGUAUGGUCUAAGCUACCAUCUCAGCAGGCCUACUCCGUCACACAGCAGCUAGCGCCCCAGCAAGGCCAAACGGGUGCCCAGCAGCUACCCUCCCAGCAGAGCUACUCCUUCACGCAGCAGCUAGCACCCCAGCAAAGCCAAGCAGGUGCCCAGCAGCUACCGUCCCAGCAGACCUACUCUGGCACGCAGCAGCUAGUGCCCCAGCAAGGCCAAACAGGUGUCCAGCAGGUAUGGUCUAAGCUACCAUCUCAGCAGGCCUACUCCGUCACGCAGCAGCUAGCGCCCCAGCAAGGCCAAACAGGUGCCCAGCAGCUACCAUCUCAGCAGGCGUACUCCGUCACGCAGCAGCUAGUACCCCAGCUAGGCCAAACAGGUGCCCAGCAGCUACCAUCUCAGCAGGUGUACUCCGUCACGCAGCAGCUAGUACCCCAGAAAGGCCAAGCAGGUGCCCAGCAGCUACCGUCCCAGCAGACCUACUCUGGCACGCAGCAGAUAGGCUUUGCUCAGGGACUAACCAGUGCCCAGCAGGUAGGGUCUAAGCUACCAUCUCAGCAGACCUACUCCGUCACGCAGCAGCUAGUGCCCCAGCAAGGCCAAACAGGUGCCCAGCAGCUACCGUCCCAGCAGAGCUACUCCAUCCUGCAGCAGCUAGUGCCCCAGCACGGCCUAACCGUUGCCCAGCAGCUACCAUCCCAGCAGACCUACUCUGGCACGCAGCAGAUAGGGUUUGCUCAGGGACUAACCGGUGCCCAGCAGGUAGGUUCUAAGCAGAACUGCUCUGGAAUGCAGCAACUAGUGCCCCAGCAAGUCCUAACCGGUGCCCAGCAGGUAGGGUCUAAGCUACCCUCCCAGCAGAGCUACUCCAUCCUGCAGCAGCUAGUGCCCCAGCAAGGCCAAACGGGUGCCCAGCAGGUAUGGUCUAAGCUACCAUCUCAGCAGGUCUACUCCGUCACGCAGCAGCUAGUGCCCCAGCAAGGCCAAACAGGUGCCCAGCAGCUACCAUCUCAGCAGGUCUACUCCGUCACGCAGCAGCUAGUGCCCCAGCAAGGCCAAACAGGUGCCCAGCAGGUAUGGUCUAAGCUACCAUCUCAGCAGGUCUACUCCGUCACGCAGCAGCUAGUGCCCCAGCAAGGCCAAACAGGUGCCCAGCAGCUACCAUCUCAGCAGAGCUACUCCGUCACGCAGCAGCUAGUGCCCCAGCAAGGCCAAACAGGUGCCCAGCAGGUAGGGUCUAAGCUACCCUCCCAGCAGAGCUACUCCGGAAUGCAGCCGCUAGUGCCCCAGCAAGGCCAAACAGGUGCCCAGCAGGUAUGGUCUAAGCUACCAUCUCAGCAGGUGUACUCCGUCACGCAGCAGCUAGUGCCCCAGCAAGACCAAACAGGUGCCCAGCAGCUACCAUCCCAGCAGACCUACUCUGGCACGCAGCAGAUAAGCUUUGCUCAGGGACUAACCGGUGCCCAGCAGGUAGGGUCUAAGCUACUCUCCCAGCAGAGCUACUCCAUCCUGCAGCAGCUAGUGCCCCAGCAAAGCCAAACAGGUGCCCAGCAGCUACCAGCUCAGCAGACCUACUCCUUCACACAGCAGCUAGCGCCCCAGCAAGGCCAAGCAGGUGCCCAGCAGCUACCGUCCCAGCAGACCUACUCUGGCACACAGCAGAUAGGCUUUGCUCAGGGAGUAACCGGUGCCCAGCAGGUAGGGUCUAAGCUACCAUCUCAGCAGACCUACUCCAUCCUGCAGCAGCUAGUGCCCCAGCAAGGCCAAACAGGUGCCCAGCAGCUACCCUCCCAGCAGGCCUACUCCUUCACGCAGCAGCUAGCGCCCCAGCAAGGCCAAACAGGUGCCCAGCAGCUACCCUCCCAGCAGAGCUACUCCUUCACGCAGCAGCUAGUGCCCCAGCAUGUCCUAACCGGUGCCCAGCAGGUAGGGUCUAAGCUACCCUCCCAGCAGAGCUACUCCGGAAUGCAGCCGCUAGUGCCCCAGCAAGGCCUUACCGUUGCCCAGCAGCUACCAUCCCAGCAGGACAACUGCAGUAGUUGGGGCCCUGUACCAGAAUAGUGAUGGGUCUUGGCAGGGCUACCUCAGUGAGCAGGCCCCAGUAUCCCAGCAGGGGUCUGGCACAUUGGUUAGCUUUGCUUCUGGCCAGAGCUUUGGGUCUACUCCUCAAGGUGUCAGUUCCCAGGCUGCCUCUAGUCUUGGUGCUAGUGGUACUCUGGGCUCACA